AAACUACGAGAAAAACCGCGUUUUUCCUCCAAACUCCUACAAGUACUUCGUAAGCUCCUGAGUGGUCUAGAAGCCACGCCCCGCGGCUUUGGCGCCUCGGUGUGCGCAUGCCUGGUGCGCGCCGCCUGCCCCUGCCGGGCGCCCGUUCUGCCUUGGUUCCCCGCGACCCCGGCGCGCGGCGUGCGGCUGGCUUCCUCCCCCACCGCGCCCCGCCCGGUCGUUUGCAGGCGCGCGCACCUCCUCAGGCGGGUGGGCCUCAGGGUCCGGAGGCUUUGAGCGAAAGUCGAUUGGCUGACGUGGUGGCCGCGCGUCGGGCCUCAGAAACUCUGGGCGAGCGCUCAGACUCGGCUCCUCAGGCAGUGCCAGGCGCAUCUCAGCUAAUCCAAAAGUAAAUGAGGAACUUAGAAAAAGAUUGCCAACUCCAGAUCAACAUAUUUAGAGAAAAUUGGAAAAGGAGAAGCUUACUACAGCUUUAUUUGAAGACUUUUUAAAAGAACGCAGAGUUCUAGCUGUGAGCUUCAAAUCUUGGAGCAAAAGCCAGAGACAUUGCCAGAGCAAACAAGAGCAGAAGUACAAAUGGAGGACUGGUCAAAAGAGAUAGCCCAUAGUUAUCUUGAACAAGAAACUAGAGGGAGAAAUAAAAGUACAGAGCCGGAUGAACAACCAACAGUGAAUUCUAAGGAAGGCAUGCAUCAGAAAGCCAAUGAGUUAGGUAAUGAAGCCACCCAUGAGGACACAGAACUCCCAGGGCAGAGAUCAAUGAAUUUUCCUUAUCCAGGUGAUAAGACAGCUGACUGCACUACUAAAAAAUCCAACAUUAUGGAACAUAGAGCUAAUGAUUUGCAUUGUGAGUGUAUGAUCCCUUGUCAAGUUACUUCAGACUUAGAUAAAGAGAAGAAAAUAGCAUUUCUUCUAAAAGAAUUGGACAUUCUCAGAGCAAGCAAUAAAAAGCUUCAAGAAAAAUUGACUAAAGAAGAUAAGGAACAGAGAAAACUAAAGGUUAAGCUGGAACUCCAGGAGAAAGCAACAGAAGCUCAUAUUGCUGAAAAGACAGCAGCUCUGGUUGAAGAAGUGUAUUUUGCACAGAAGGAACGUGAUGAAGCUAUUAUGUCUCGCUUGCGGUUAGCCAAUGAAGAGAGAGAUGAAGCAGUUGCAAGAGCCAAGCAUAUGGAAAUGUCUCUCAAAGUGUAUCGGCCAGCCGUCAGCCGCUCCUGCGCGCUCCGGAGCUCCGUCUCAAUGUGGCUUGCACCCUCCGAAGCUCCGGCCCUCAGACUGGUCAUGCACGUUCCCCAGCUCACGGUCUCAGUCUGCUCCCUCGCGGUGCCGUCCGGGAGUCCGGGAGUCCGUGGCUCCCUAGUGCAGUGCAAACGGCUAGAGCAGGAGCUUCAUCAUCUGAAAGAGCAGAACCAGACUUCAGCAAACAACAUGAGACAUCUGACUGCUGAAAACAAUCAAGAACGUGCUCUGAAGGCAAAGUUGUUGGCCAUGCAACAAGCCAGAGAGACUGCAAUUCAACAAUACAAAAAACUAGAAGAAGAAAUCCAAACACUUCGAGUUUACUACAGUUUACACAAAUCUUUAUCCCAAGAAGAAAAUCUGAAGGAUCAGUUUAACCACACCCUUAGUACUUAUGAAGAAGCUUUGAGAAAUAGAGAGAACAUUGUUGCCAUCACUCAACAACAGCAUGAGGAACUGGCUGCCCAGCUGCAGCAAGCUCUGGCGGACCGCGCGAACAUGGAGCUGGAGCUUCGGCACGCCACGGAGGCCUCCCGAGCGGCCAAUGACAAAGUGCAGAAGUUGGAAAGGCUGGUGGACGUCCUGAGGAAGAAGGUUGGAACAGGGACCAUGAGGACAGUGAUCUGACUGAAAAAACGACAGUCUGGGGAAGCAAUCACAUCUGGUGACCAGGCUGCUUCAUUCAACACUGUGUAAACACUAAAGCCUUAACUUAGCAAACAGUUGUUAGAAGUGGGACACUCCAACCACAUUCCAAGCUGAGAUAAAAUCAAAUCACAAAUGUUUAACCACUUUGCUGCUGACUUAUUUAUCCAAAUGUAUUAACUACAGACUUUUACCAAUGAGUAGCUAUAAAGUUGCAGCUUAUUUUGUAACUAUUUUCUGUCUCCAUGUAUCGAAUAUAAAUCUUUCUACCGAGAGACCAUUAUAGGUCAUAUCUUCACAUACGGCCCUUUCUGAAUCAAAAUGCAGCAAAGUAAAUAUUGUCUAAACCUUAAUCCACUGUGUUAGGUCAAAACUUCAAAUACAUGCAUUUUUCAGUAUAGAAUUUAUUUCUUCACUGAUGAGAGGAGCUCAGACAUGAGAGUGUAUAGUCUUCCUCCAAUGCAUACACAUAAUCUUUGUUAGUAUUAAAGAAUAUUAAGUAUAAAUACCAAGAAUUAAAUGUAUACUUUGCUCUAAUAAGAGUUUGAUAUUUUAAAAUUACAUUAAUCAACGCAUGUUUUUUGUUUCACUACAAAUAAUGCAAACUGUCUUCAGUAAAAAAGAGGAUAUCGUUCAUGUGUACUUUUAAAUUCAUAUUGUCAGCAUUUUUUAAUGUUCUGACUGAAUAAUUAAUUGUCUGAACUCUAUUUAAGCUAUAGAAAUUGCCAAGUCUGUCUCAUAGGCUGGGACACCUUUGGCAUGAAAAUUAGUAUGUGCCAGCAUGACUCUAAAAGGCAAGAGGCCAUCAAACAUGUUAGGUGUUAUUUUUUAUUAUCUGUAUCUAGAUUAUCACUUGAAUUUUUUGGUGGAGGAGGGGAACCCAAUAGAUAAUAAAAUUACAAUGUAAAAAUACACAAGUACGUGGAAAAAAAACUGGCAAAUUGGUUUGGUUACCUACUCUGUCUUUUACUUAAAAGAUAAUUUGAAAUAUUUAUGGCAUAGCAGUCACUUCUGAUCAUAUGAAAUUAUGAAUAAAAAACUAAGGUUUAUGUAUUUGGCUACAGGAAAAAUUUCUUCUUUUUUUUUAGAUUGAAUAGAUGAGAGGCCAGUAGAAGAUGUCUAUGACUGGAACAGGAUGAAAUAGGCAAGUAGAGAUUGAAUUAGUGAAAAUUUUGUAGGAAAGUGAAAAUUUUUCUAAGCCCACACAGUAUUUUAAUUUAUCUUUAAGACUGAGCUAAGUUAUUUACCAUUGUUUGUUUUGGGGACAAGAACAGGACAAUUUAUUGCACCAUUUUUUCACAAACCAAUGGAGAUUAUUCUUGUGGUUUUUGAUUUAUUUUUUUUAUUUUUAUUUUUUUACUCUGCAGGAAAAUGUAAGGUGCUUUAUCACAGAGUGACAAAAGAAUCAUAAAGUUAACAGACUCAAUUUCUUCCCAUUAAAUUUAUUAAAUUAACUGGCAGUUAAACCAUCCCAUUGAGUUCAAUUUAGAAUUUCGUCACGUUGCCUGCUUUUAAUUUUUCUUUAAACUAUUAGAAUUAGAAAAUAAGGAACAACAGGGGUUAGAAAUAAGCUAACUGGAUUUCCUCUACAGCCCUAAAGAGAAUUAUAGGCUUUCAUAGGCCAGUGACUAUAUAAAUAGAGAAAUCUGAAAUAAUUUGGUCAUGCAUGGAGUCUUCUGUCUGUGCUCUAAUUGCAACACGUGGCAGCUCCCUCUGUGAAGAACAGAGCCUUUCAAGUCUUGCAGGUAAGUAAAGAGGAGCAGUUCUUGUCACAAAAUAGUCCAGUCCUGAAUCUUCUUCAAAUAAAUCACAAGUAAACUUGAAUUUUCCAUUUAGUCCUGAGGAAGAGACAGAUCUUUCUUGCAUUAUUUUGCUUGGGGUUUUAUAAAACACACUGUGAGCAUAAAGACAUUCUGCAGUUUCCAAACAUCUCUUUCUGUCCCUAACUGAUCAGAUUAGAGCAACCAGUUCCUGUAAUUAAUAUCCAGAACUUUUGGAUAUUAUGAAGCUAAAUUUAUAACAAUUCUAACGUUUACUAUUGUGAAUGUAGGGUUCUCCACCAAAACAUCACAUCCGCUUGAAAAUGAGUUGGGUACAAAAUUACAGAUGCCAAGUAUUACAGCCAGGAAUUACCAAUUGAUUUCUUGCACUUAAAAAUGCCCACGAACAAUGUUUCAAACAGUCUUUAUGUCUUUUUUUGUCUAUGAAGGUAUGGCCCAGCUCACUGAAGAUCAGUUCCCCACAUACUCGGUAAUAAUGCAAUUUCAGAAGUUUUCCAUGCUGCCCAGAGAUGUUGCUUUGAGUUUGCCUUAAAUAUUAUCAAGUCUAAUUCCAUGGUAACAUGAGAAUUCACUUACCGUGUAAAAAUAAGUAGUUCAGAAGAAAAGCAGAAAAGAUAAUUCAAACGUGUAACAUUUGAUGAUUUAUUGUAAAAUCCUUUCACAUCUGUAUUUUUUAGUUGAUCCUAUCAACAACCAUAUAAUAGUAAUAAUAGUAAAUUAUAUAUACAUAUAUAUCAACCGCAUAAUAAUGAUGAUAAUUGUAGUAGUGUUAUUGUUACAUUUUACAAAUGAGGAAAUAGACUCAGAGGGGCUAGGAGUAUGCAAAGGACUGGCUAAGACUUACAACUGAGGUCUUAUGACUAAACCAUGCAGCCAUAUUUCUCUAAACCUUUCUAUAAGAAAAAAAAAUUUGAGAAAUUUAACUCUUGCAAUUUUUGUUAUUAUUGUGCCAUUUCUUUUCUACACAAUACAUAUAAAUUUGCUAACAAUCGAGAUGAUAUGCAUCUCUUUCAGUGAAAUACAGUAAUGUGAAGUACAUGAGUAAAUAGCAUCACAUUAUUACCACCUAGUAGCCGCAUACUUUGCCUUAGGCUUCACUCAUUAGGAGUGACAAUUCAUUGUUAGUAAAAAAUAACCUUGAGUUGCUUUGUACUCUUUUUAAUUGGGCCUGAUGCUGAAACCCGACAGUGUAGUUUUAUCAAAUGGUGGUCUGAACUUCAAGGCUUACUUUACCUCCUAGAGCAACUACUAGAGAUAGAACUGAUUAUAGGCAAGUUGUAAGCAGGUUAUUGGUUAUAAGCAAGGUAUGAGCAGUUAUAGCAAAGUUAUUAAUUGUGAAUAUAUGAGAAAUUUUAAUUCUACCUUUAUA